AUGAUCUGUUCUCUUGACACUGACACUCGUAGUAACUACGGUGCCGGACUUCUUCAUUUCACGCAGUUUUGUGAUUCCAUCAAGAUUCCCGAAGUCGAGCGCAUGCCUGCUUCCGAGGCUCUCAUCUCCCAAUUCAUGGCAGCCUUCGUGGGUACCUCUUUGGAGAAAACACUCAAUAACUGGUUAGCAGGUCUACAGUUUUGGCAUAUCAUUAAUGGCGCUCCAUGGCAUGCCUCUCAACUCCUUCAUCAUACGCGACGUGGCUUCGCUAAGAUGGUGCCUCCAUCCACUCGCAGAGCCAAGCGACCACCCAUCACCAUAGACGCCUUGUGCAUCCUCUUCGACAAUCUUGAUCUCACCCUCCCGUUUGAUGCCGCUGUAUGUGCUGUUGCACUGGUAGCUUUUUGGUGCUGCUGUCACUUGGGCGAACUCGUCAUCCAGAGUCCCAAUCUCUUCGACCCUUUCAAACACAAUCAGGAGCAGACGUGGGCAGCAGUCUUCCACAUACCUUGGACAAAGACCACCAAAGAGCAAGGUGCAGACAUUUCCAUCACCACCCGAGAUCAUUGCACUUGCCCUCUUACGGCCAUUGAGUGGCACCUUCUACGGAACAGCGAUACCUCCACAGGUUGGCUUCCCAUGACAUGCUCGGCAUUUCUUGCCCGCUGUAAUGAGAUAUGGGUAUCACAAGGUUUUCCAAGCCUUCUGGGCCACGCCUUUUGCAUUGGUGGUGCAACGGAGUUGCUCUUGCAAGGGGUUCACCCAGACGUGGUAUCCACACAGGGUCGCUGGUCCUCAGACGCCUUCUUGGACUACUGGUGUUGCAUUGAUACCAUUCUCCCUCUCUUCAUAGCGACCCACUCUCCGGUUGUGAGCUUCACUCUAGAGUGGUCUGGACAUAUCACGCUCCGAAGGUCGGUUUUUUAUUCAUUCUCAAAACUCUUCAAUUCCAAACAUCUCGGCUUCGGAUUUUUGUCUCAGAUCACGUGA